AGACAACUGCCAUAUUUGGGAACCCUUGCGCCGGGCGGUCAUGAUGGCAUCUGAUCAGUGCCUGAUGGUUAGCUUCCUUGGCAGGGUUACGCUGAUCGUUCAAAACGUUGGAGCAGCAAUGGACGGCAUUUUUUUCUGACAGACUGACAGAGUGUGCACCAGUAGGAGCCUUGCAAUGAUGUGGGGCUAUCCGUUCUGUAUAAACUCCGCUCUCGGAAUCGUUAUUAGUACUCGAGCUUGUCUCAGAUACCACUUAGGCACAGCUGGUCCUUAUAUCACUCCUUAGGAUGCCUGACUCCUCAAACGCAGUCGUCAGUCUUGUGUCUAGCCUCUGGAAGAGGGCAACAGCUACAGGCCAGGGCGGUUUAUUGUCAGGAGUCGAUCCCUCAACAUUCAACACCUCAGAUCCCCUGCGGCUAUGGAUAAUACAAAUGGGUAUAAUUAUCUUGAUGGGGCAGCUGCUGUCACUUGGGCUGGGCAAGAUCAAACAGCCGAAAGUCAUUGCUGAAGUCCUUGGCGGAAUUCUCCUCGGUCCUACUGCCAUGGGACGAAUACCCGGUUUCACCCAGCACAUCUUCCCCUCUCAAUCCCUCCCAUAUCUCUCGCUCGUUGCCAACAUUGGCCUCUGCCUCUUUCUCUUCAUAGUCGGUCUUGAAAUCGAUGGCACCAUCAUUAAGCGUAAUGUUCGCUCAUCUUUGUUCAUUGCACUCUCUGCCAUGGCCUUGUCCUUUGGUCUCGGUACUGCCAUCUCUAUACCACUCUACCACAACUUCAUUCCUCCAUCCGUCAAGUAUACAUACUUCAUGCUUUUCACCGGCGUGUCAUUCUCUAUCACUGCUUUUCCCGUUCUUUGUCGUAUCCUCACUGCACUGAAGCUCCUAGACACGACGGUCGGUAUCGUUGUCCUGUCAGCUGGCGUGUGCAAUGAUGUAGUUGGCUGGAGUCUGUUGGCACUAGCGGUGGCCCUCGUCAAUGCGACCUCCGGGCUUACAGCUCUGUGGAUCCUGCUGACAUGCGUGGCAUUCACAGCAUUUCUCAUGUGGCCAGUCAGAAUCGCGCUACUGCGGUUCGCUAGGUUCACCGGAAGUACGGAGAACGGACCCACUAUGUUGUUCAUGACAGUGACCUUCUUGGUAUUCUGGGCAUGUUCGUUCUUCACGGACAUUGUGGGCGUCAAUGCUAUCUUUGGGGCGUUCCUGGCAGGAAUCAUUGUUCCCCGCGAAGGUGGCCUUGCCAUCGCACUAACGGAGAAGCUCGAAGAUAUGGUGUCGAUCAUAUUUUUACCUCUGUACUUCACACUAUCUGGCUUAAAUACUAACCUCGGAUUGCUUGACAAUGGUAUCACUUGGGGAUUCACUAUCGCAAUCAUAUGUCUGGACUUCGCGGGCAAAUUCACCGCAUGUUCGAUCACUGCACGGAUUACCGGAAUGAGUUGGCGAGAGUCAGGCACUGUCGGAUCAUUGAUGAGUUGCAAAGGUCUUGUCGAAUUGAUCGUGCUCAACAUUGGGCUCGCUGCCGGCAUUCUUACCCAAAGAGUGUUCUCGAUGUUUGUCUUCGAAGCGUUGAUCCUAACGUUCAUGACUACACCCCUCGUCUCUAUACUCUAUCCUCCCGAACGCCGGGUUCGUGUGGCAGUUGGAGGAGUUUCACGUGCGUCAACUGGAGAUCCGGACGAAGACAAGAGCGAUCGUAAGUCUCCCAUGACCGAGGAUCAACCAUGGCGCUCCCGCUUCACCGUUGUCCUCGACAAAUUUGAUCACAUGUCCGGAAUGUUGGUGGCCACUCAGCUGGUGUGCCCGCCCUCUCUUGAAUCACCUUUGUCCGGCAUUCUCCGAUCAACUGCGUCGACGAGGGCAUCUGAUAAAAUGAAAAUGCCCGAGGUCAGUGUGGACACUCUCCGUUUGAUUGAGCUGUCGGACCGUACCUCAGACGUCAUGAAGUCCUCAGCGGUUGACACCCUCAUCCACACUGACCCGCUCCUGAGUGUGUUCCGCACCUUUGGGGAACUCAAUGACAUACCUGUUUCACUCUCGCUUUCAAUUGUACCUUAUGACGACAUGCCGGGUACUGUGGUUGAUCAUGCCAGACGAUUCGGAUCUCAGCUCCUCCUCUUGCCGUGGCUAUCGCCAUCGUCCAACUUCGGCAAUGAAGACCUGUCUGGCCCACAUAACCCGAGAAUCGAACUGAAUCCAUUCGAAUCGUUUUUUGGCGGAUCAAAACACACUGGCAAGUCCGCAGCCGUGAUGCAUUCGCAGUUCGUGCGCAGAAUAUUCGCAGAGAGCAAGACAGAUGUUGCUCUGUUCAUCGAUCCUGCUGGUACCGGCACUGGGAGUGCACGGCACAUAUUUUGCCCAUUUUUUGGCGGUCCAGAUGAUCGGCUUGCACUCGAGUUCGUGGUGCAGCUUUGUGCUAAUCCCAGAAUGAGUGCGACGGUUGUGAGGAUGUCAAAAAGUGGCACCGAGAGUACUGCGGUUGAAAGGCCGUCGCUCGUACAUCUAGAGGAGAAAGCAAGUUUAGAUAUGCCGGGUCUAGGAUACCAAAUGCCUGUCCCUUUGAAUACUGUUUAUCCAGACACACUUUAUGGCCAUGCCAACACCGAAAUGCGUUUCCAAUCCGAGACAGCCAAUAACGUCCUGUGGGCACAAUACGCUAACUCUCGACUCUCUGGUGACACGCCCGCCUCACUGAGCGCCGCCCUCUCCCGGAUCAAAUUCUCCGAGCAUUCAUCGCCGUUACCACUACAUUCUGCUAUCCAGCUUGCGUCUGUGCACAAGCCUGUUUUGGUGGUUGUUGGGCGCUCACGGCGCCUUGCGGGGGAGGAUCACACAUCGGAGCUGCAGCAGAUCCUUGAGGAGCGGAGUAGCGUGGGGCAAGAUGUUAUUAGGAAAACUAUUGGUGAUCCUGCAACCGCGUUUGUUGUCUCGGGGUGUGCGACUGCUGUUGUGGUGCUACAAGCUUCGAAUGUGUACUGAGCGACGUCUAACUUGUAUCUGAGAUGAUUGAUUAUUAUCGUGCUGUAUAUAGAACUGUACUGUAUGUAUGUCUCCUAUUUGCUGUCUUUGAUUUAAUCACGAUCUUGGUAGUAGUAGCCCAGCACCGCCGUAUCAAAGUACAUGUAUGAUAUUACAGUUGCGUUGGUUCGCGGUUGACUUUGCGCUCGUCGGAGUGUGAGAUGCACUCAAUCCAAGAUGGUCUUUCGCCCCUUGAUGGUAUAUACUAGAAGUCUAGGGGUAAUUAUGGGACCGGGUCGGCCCGUCUGUCAAAUUUCAGGAAUUUCGGUAACUGGGCUUUAUCAUCAGUAUCACGAUCUGGGUAUUAUACCAUACACAGCUUAAAGUUAUUU